AAAAAACAUGAUUAAUGUCAAAGGUUGCCUAUAUCAAUCAGUUGCUGAUGGGUUAAAGUCCAUUUAGGAACCACUGCUGUGAGUUUUCGGUGAUCUACAAGACGUUAUGUUGAGAGAAGCCAUGGAAGCACAGUUUGUAGAAGAGAGUGAUGGUCUAACAUUCUGGCUAGCUAGACCCCAAGACUAUGAUGAGGUGAUGGCCAUAUCACAGGAAAUCUACGAGGGCAAUGAUUACCUUCCACAUCGCUACCAGACCUGGAUGACUGAGCGUGACAGAAUAGUCAUAAUUGCCAGGAGAAAUGGGAAGCUGGUGGCACUGGACUCUGCACUGGUGGUUGAUGGAGGGCAAACAGUGGUGUUGGAGGGAUUAAGGGUGUGUAUUAGUGAAAGAGGACAUGGAGUGGCUGGAGUUAUUCAGAGAGUUACUGAUCGCUACAUUAAGCAAGUUUACCCAAAUGUAACAACUAAAAGGCUGACAAGACGUGACAACCCAGGACCUGAAAAACUCUCCAAGUUUAUUUUUCUGGCUUGCCGGGCUGUUUUGUCUUUGUGUGUAGAGGCUGAGAGCUUUAAAAGAUUCAUCUCAGGCUUGAAAACAAAGCUAGAAUGCCCACCGGAGUCAGAUUGGCACAGCAACAACAGCCACAAACUAUUUGUUCUGAAGGACAGCCAACAACUUAAGACACUACUCCUGGACCCUGAUCUUUCCUCAAGACUUCAGCUUCCAGGAGGUGCCAUUAUCCAAGACUGGCAGCCCCUGAGACCAAUGGAAAGCAACUUGGAAAUUUUAGAGAGGCGAAACCUAACUUGGGUGGUUGACUCCGUCAAACAACCUAUGUUUAUGAGCUUUCACACUCCACCCUAUUCUAUUCCAUUUAAUGGAGGGUCUUUGCGUUUGAACAUAGAUAUGUUUGGGACAGAUGUAACCAUAGCAAAGAAGGCACUCGUAACACAUUUCGAGCAGGUACUUGAGGAGAUUCGUGGCACUGUUUUGGUUCAUGUUUAUAUGCCUCAAAACUUCUGGGAAGCCAUAAAACAAUUUUGUGAUGGAGAUAAUGGUGUCAAACAUAUAAAUGGCUACUGGGAGCAAAUGUUUCUGGAGGAAAAGCUUCCAUAAUUAGAAAGAGUGAAAUAUCAGUGCUACCAAAGAUGCCAGCACUCAGGAGAGAUUGUAUUAAGUAUUAAUUUAUCAAAAAACUAAUUAAGAGAUUUCUAUUCACUGGAUUUUUGUGUUCACUCACGGUUGGCUUAUACAUCCCCACCACCGGACAACCAACCACAGUAAUGCUGGUCCGUUAAUAUAUCUCACCUUAUCUAUUCACAAAAUUGUUCUGCGCACAUGCACGCGCGCACGCACGCACACACACACACACACACACACACACACACACACAAAUAAGGAAAUAGAUGUGGUGUACUGUUUAUUUUUGGGAAUCCUAAAAUGUUUUGUUUUAGUUUGCUAGAUUGCAUAGUCUCACACUUGGUGAUAAUAUAUACCUUCUAAUCAAAUGCUGAUAAUUUAUUGUAUGUAAUUUGUUUGAAUUAUCUAUGUAAAAAUAAUCAUCAAAGAAUAAUGC